GUGGGAAAGAGAGAGACAGCAGAGGGCUGAAGUCAUCAGCGGGCCGGCGGUAGGGGAGUGAAUGGGUCCUGCACGCAAAGCAGAAAAGCGCGGAGAAUUACUUUGGUUCAGUCGCGGCUCAGAUCCAGCGAGCAGGAGGAGAUGUUUGACAACACAGACCUGCACAGAUCUGUGAGACAUUUGCCCUAGACAUUGAUUUGGUGACUGAUCCCGGAGCGGCUUUUAUUUUCGCGCUUCAGCUGAUGCUGAGAUGAAGCCGUGACCAUCGGCGCGCCUGGCUUAUUAAGUAUCCACACACACACCGGGACGCACGGCGCAUCUCCACUGAGAGAGACAGGGAGAGGGAGGAAAAGGUCAAUUUGGAGUUGCUGCAAGCGGAUUUAAUAUCUCAAACUUCUUGUGAAGCACUUUAAUCUUUGAUUAGCAGUUCUACUCAUCUGUUUGACCUAAUCUAAUGUUUGAUUCGGUUUUCUUCUUGCGCGCAACGGAUGACAGUCGAGCUUUUUGGUGUUCUUGUGUGUUUUUACUUUUUGGAGGGAAUGUUCUUCAUCACGGCAAGGAUAACGGAUCCCUGACUCAGUCUGGCUUUCUUGGCACAUAUGUGGACCCUAUCCAGGAUGUUACAGUCUAAGCGGCCCAGGCAUCAUUGGGCCACCGUACACUACCAUCACCACAUAUCACCACAUAACUGGGGGUCCCGCUGUGUCUAGGAAUUAACUAUACUCCUACUCUGUCUCCGUCUGGGAAAAACGGAAAUCCAAAAAGCGUUUUGGUGAACAUUGACAUUGGCUUUACGAGUCUCAUCUCUGGGCUACUAUGCAAUUACAACUGAUCUCCUUUGUUUUGAUCAUCUUGCACUGCAUGGAUUACACUGGAUGUCAGCAGCACAGCAGCUCCAGGCACCGGCAACAUAAACAGAUCUCUGGUGUGAGCUCAGGGUGUCAGCAGGGUGGCUGUCUGACCUGCUCUGACUACAAUGGCUGUCUGUCCUGCAAGCCGCGCUUCUUCAUGCAUUUGGAGAGGAUUGGGAUGAAGCAGAUCGGGGUGUGCAUGACUUCCUGUCCUCCUGGCUUUUAUGGCACACGCUCGCCAGAAAGAAACACCUGCACAAAGUGCAGGUCGGAGUGCGACUCCUGCUUCAACAAGAACUUCUGCACGCGCUGCCGAGCGGGAUUCUACCUUCACCUGGGCAAGUGCCAGGAGAGCUGCCCAGAAGGCCUGGUCGGCAGCGACACGCAGAGGGAGUGUGUUCCCAUGUGCCCUGUAGAUUGUGAGUCGUGUGUGAACAGCGAGACGUGUACGCAGUGCCGGUUGGGCCUACUCCAGCAUGGAGGGAGGUGUCUCCAUCUCUGUCCGGAGGAGUACGAGCCUAAUGACAAUCUUAUGGAGUGCACGCCACGAGUGCACUGUGAGGUGGGCGAGUGGAGCGAGUGGAGCGAGUGCUCUAAGUCUGGUAGAACAUGCGGCUUCAAGCGGGGCCAGGUAACCCGCACGAGGCAGAUCCUGCAGUACCCGUCGCCCUUCGGCACACCCUGCCCGGAGAUCUCCGAAGUCAAAGAUUGUGUGGUCAAGAGGCGGAAGUGUAAAGAAGGACCUCCUCGCAACCGCAAAUACAAGGAUAAACAGGGAGGACGACGGGAGAGGAAGCGGGAAAGGGAGCGAGAGAGAGAGAGAGAGGCGGGCGAACGUGAAGACUCUGAUAACAGAAACAAAACGGAGCACAGGCACCGCAGAGGCCACGACACGCAGCCCGUCUCCCCCGAAGACAGCUUUGUACAGUAGUGCUCGGGACUAAAAGUCUAACGCCUUCCCACCUUCCUCCUGUUAUAUUCCCAUCCUUCCUGCUCCACAACUACCCCACCCUCACCCACUGUUCGCCCCCCACAACCCCUCUCUGCAGGGGUGUUGCUGCUACCUGUAUGAUUUGAAUAUACUGUUUAUGCACAAGCGGGAUGGGGCACAUUCAGCCACAAGGCUUGGGCCACUAUUGACUUUAAAAAGUCUUUUUUUUUUUUUUUUUUUUUCCUACAUUGUAAUCUCAGCUCCUUCACUUCAACCGCUGAGAACGUGUCCCUUCUGAUAAGAAGAGGAGACAUUGCUGAGACUGAAGAACAGUGAGAUUUGUCUGUGACUGUGUGGAGGACUGUCAGACGGACGGACUGAGAGACGUUAUGUGCUUGUUGAUAUGGUUAUUUAAUGGGGCUCUGGUACAACAUUGCGCAUUUUGGUUUUUUGAAUGUAGAUUUUGCAGCAUUAUGUAGAACAAUUGUCUAUUAUUGUUGUUUCUGUUCUUUAGACCUCUUUAUUUGGUGCAGAAUUUGUAAAGAAAAAAAUAAAAUAAAAGCAGAGUUUGUUUUGUGACAUCUUCAUAAUAAUAACUACAGUUGACAGAUGUAGGGUGGCCUGCAUGCUGUGAGUUAAAGUAGUACAGAAAAAAAAAACAAAAAAACAAAAAAAACAUGAAAACACAAUCCGUAUGUCGCAGACAAAAGCUAAUUUUAUCCAGAUAACUGAUAAAUCUAAUCUAGGACUGGCUGUUCUAUCGUGUAAACAGAUUCUGUGCUCUCAAUAAAGCUCAUCAAGUAGAAACAAACAAAAAAAACACCUGUAUGUCAAAUAAAACUAUAAUGGGUUUGUACCUGUGUCUGUUA